CAUUAGAAUAAAAUAAUGAGGCACAUAAAAUAAGCCUGGUUUCCUGGCUUUGCAUCCCCAUAACUUAUACCAACCUACAAACGACCUCAUCCAAUCCCGUACGACCUCUCUCUCCACACACUUGUAAAUCAAGGAGUUGCAGAUCGCAAUGGGUUGCUCUUCGUCCCUUCCAGAUAGGGGCUCUGGGCGGUUGGCGGGUCCUAAUUUGGAGAACGGUGCUGCUCCUGAUUCUAAAAACUUACGCGUCAAGCUUGUUCUGUUGGGCGAUUCUGGAGUUGGUAAAAGCUGUAUUGUUCUUCGCUUUGUUCGCGGUCAAUUUGAUCCAACAUCCAAGGUGACUGUUGGAGCUUCAUUUUUGUCACAAACAAUAGCUCUGCAAGAUUCUACAACAGUGAAAUUUGAAAUAUGGGACACUGCUGGCCAAGAGAGAUAUGCUGCAUUGGCUCCCCUUUACUAUCGAGGUGCUGCAGUUGCAGUUGUCGUAUAUGAUAUAACAAGUCCAGAAUCAUUCUCCAAAGCACAGUAUUGGGUGAAGGAGCUGCAGAAACAUGGGAGCCCUGAUAUUGUUAUGGCCUUGGUAGGCAAUAAAGCCGAUCUUCAUGAGAAACGGGAAGUAUCUGUUGAAGAUGGCAGUGACUAUGCUGAAAAUAAUCAGAUGUUCUUUAUCGAGACAUCUGCGAAGACCGCGGAUAAUAUAAAUCAGCUCUUUGAGGAAAUCGCCAAGCGACUUCCUCGCCCUACUACUCAAUGAUCGUUGAAUCUUUAAAAGUGAACUAGUAAAAAGAUUCACAUCAUGGGGAACACAUUACCCUCUGUAAUUAUAAGUUGUAUAUUAUGAUAUUAGUUUUUAAACGCCUGCAUUUUCAGAUUGUCGUGUUGUUCUAUUGAAAGGUUGUAGUUUCGAAACACCCUUUUCCUCGAAGUGAUGAAUAUAGAUAUUCAAGAGAAGAGAGAUCCAUAAGCUUGAUUUUUUCACUGUAGGUGAGACAAACUCUUACUCUAGAUGAUUGAAUUUGCUCCUUUCUUAUUGGUUCUCAAACUAUCACAGACCUAAGCUGGCCAAAGUUUCAAUCUAGUUUUUCUCAGUUUAAUGUGUAGUUGCGUAGAUCAAUUGGAUUUUUGUAUGCUACUAAAGUAACUAAUGGACUUAAUUAUUUCAAGUUUCGGUAAUUGAUCAGCAAUGACACAUGUUGAAAUGAA